GUCGCCCGGCUGCUUGGCGUGGUCUGCGUGCUGAAGCUUUGACUCGCGUGCGCCGGGCUCUUCCGCGGCCUCGCGUGCCGGUCCCCGGGCCUCAUGGCGGGGCUGACCCUGUUUGUGGGCCGCCUCCCGCCCUCGGCCCGCAGCGAGCAGCUGGAGGAGCUGUUCAGUCAGGUGGGGCCGGUGAAGCAGUGCUUCGUGGUGACAGAGAAAGGGAGUAAGGCAUGUCGAGGCUUCGGCUAUGUCACUUUUUCUAUGCGGGAAGAUGUUCAGAGGGCCCUCAAGGAGAUUACUACUUUUGAAGGCUGCAAGAUCAACGUGAGUGUUGCCAAGAAAAAACUGAAGAACAAGUCCAAGGAAAAGGGGGGAAAUGAAAAUUCAGAGUCCCCAAAGAAGGAGCAGAAGCCUAAAAAGGCCAAAGUGGCAGAUAAGAAAGCCCGAUUAAUUAUCCGGAAUCUGAGCUUUAAGUGUUUAGAAGAUGACUUGAAGACCAUAUUUGCUCAAUAUGGAGCCGUCUUAGAAGUUAACAUCCCUAGGAAGCCAGAUGGAAAGAUGCGUGGUUUUGCUUUUGUUCAGUUCAAAAACCUCCUAGAAGCAGGAAAAGCUCUUAAAAGCAUGAACAUGAAAGAGAUAAAGGGUGAGGAGAAGCAACCUGAACCUAAACAUCAGAAAUUAGAUAAAGUGAAUGGCAGGAAAGAAGAGGUUAUGAGAGAGGAAGAGGAUGAUGAUGGUGAUAUGGAAGAGGAUGAUGAUGAAGAUGGUGAUGAUGGUGAUGAAGAGGAGGAGAAGAAUAAAGAAUCAAAGGCGACCAAGCGUGUGCAAAUUCACAAGAGAGCAGUCAAGAGACCAGUGCCCUCAGAAGGCAGUGAAGAGGACCAUUCCGAUGAGGACAGCGGCCUGGAGGACGGUGAUAGUGUUGGUAGUGAAGAGGACCUGGCUCAGAGUGACACCCACACUGAAGAGCAGGAGGAUGAAGAUGUACAAGUCUCAAAGAAAAAGAAGAGGAAAUUACCCUCUGAUGUGAAUGAAGGGAAAACUGUUUUCAUAAGAAACCUGUCCUUUGACUCAGAGGAAGAAGAACUUGGGGAGCUCCUCCAGCAAUUUGGAGAUCUUAAAUAUGUCUGCAUUGUCUUACAUCCAGACACAGAGCAUUCUAAAGGUUGUGCAUUUGCUCAGUUCAUGACUCAAGAAGCAGCUCAGAAAUGCCUUGCAGCUGCUUCUCCAGAGACCGAGGGUGGCGGGCUGAAAUUGGAUGGCCGGCAACUCAAGGUUGACUUGGCAGUGACCCGUGAUGAGGCUGCAAAGCUCCGGACAAAGAAGGUGAAGAAGCCGACCGGAACCCGGAACCUCUACCUGGCCCGAGAAGGCUUGAUUCGUGCUGGGACGAAGGCUGCAGAGGGUGUGAGCGCGGCUGAUAUGGCCAAAAGAGAACGGUUUGAGCUACUGAAGCAUCAGAAACUGAAGGACCAGAAUAUCUUUGUCUCCCGCACCAGGCUCUGCCUGCACAAUCUCCCCAAGGCCGUGGAUGACAAACAGCUCAGAAAGUUGCUGCUGAAUGCCACUAGAGGGGAGAAGGGAGUGCGCAUCAAGGAGUGUAAGGUGAUGCGAGACCUCAAAGGAGUUUAUGGGAAAAUUAAGGGUCAGUCCCUGGGCUACGCCUUUGCAGAGUUCCAGGAGCACGAGCAUGCCCUGACUGCCCUACGCCACAUCAACAACAACCCAGAAAUCUAUGGGCCUCAGAAGAGACCAAUAGUGGAGUUCUCUUUGGAAGAUCGAAGGAAGCUUAAAAUAAAGGAACUGAGGAUCCAGCGCAGCCAGCAAAAAAUGAAAUCCAAGUCCACAACUGGUGAGGCCCAACAGGAGCAGCCGGAGCUUAGAGAAGACCAGCAACAGAAAGCAGCUCAAAACCACACACGGGAGCAAAGCAAGGCCCCUCCGGGGCAGAAGGGGAAGGCGGGCUCUGUCUCCUGGGCAGGGUUCCAGACCAAGGCCGAAGUGGAGCAGGUGGAGCUACCUGAUGGGAAGAAGAGAAGAAAGGUCCUGGCGUUGCCCUCACACCGAGGACCCAAAGUGAGGUGCCUAAGAAAAAAGCUAAGGGAAAUAAGACAGAAAUUCGCUUCAACCAGCUGGUCGAACAAUAUAAGCAGAAAUUAUUGGGAUCUUCUAAAGGAGUGCCUCUCGCAAAGAGAAGCAAGUGGUUUGACAGUUGAUGCCAGCGGGCUGGAUAGAGGCUGGAUUGUGCGUUUCUUGGUGAGGCUCCCAGGCUCUUCCCCACCCCAGUGCUGUUUCCUAAGGGGAAGAACCCCCCACACACUGCCACUUUGUUGGGGGGGCUUCCUGGGCUGUGCUCAUCUGGACUUUGUGUGGUUGUUAACCAUAAAGAGAAAUAUCAGAGAAACAUUGUGAUGCUUCUUGCACAUUAAUUAUCCAGAUUAUUAUGUGAAGUUGUGUUUAUAAUUAUUAUCCAUUUUAACUCUGUUUCUCAAAUGGAAACAAUUGUAAAAUGCAUUCUUAAGUGCUGAAUUUUUAAGGUGUAUAUUUUAAGUGUCUUCUCUAGAUAAGAUAUUUUGUGGCUUUUUGAAUAACAGACUCUUAUUUCUGAUAUAUGUGAAUCCUUUAUUAUUUAUGAACAUUUUUAAAAUCCCUCACUCUAAUUCACUUAGAGUCCUACAUACUGCAGGAAUUGAUUACAACAGAGCAGAGAAAAAUGAUUUCCAACCUAAUCUCUGAGGAGGGGAGAAACUUGGAAAGUAAUUGAGGGCAAUGGGUCUGGCAGAGAGCAACAUGUGAUAAUUAUUUGCCAGAUGAGUGGGUUAUUGCUGGUAGUCGACAAAAAAUCAGUUUGCAGUGGUCCACAGACACUGGCCUGGCUGGUGAUAACCUGCAUCUUCUAUCAUCACACGCCUCCGCCUGAGGACUUGAGAGGUAAGGGGUGGCAGACAGAGCAGUGAGCUCGAGGCCUAGCCUCUAGCCUGACCGGCCUUUACCUAAUGGAUGGCCUUAAACCAGACAGACUCUCUGAGUCUUAGUUUCUUCAUCUAUCGAAUGAGGAGUUCAACUAAAGGUUUUGUGUGAUCCUUCCCAGCUCUAAACUCUUUUUCUAAUUCAUUCUUAUGCAUGUUCAUAGUCUUUCUCAAUUUAACCUCAGUAAAGAUAGAGAUGACUUCCAAUACUUUUCAGAAUUUAUGGUGCCACAAAAGCUGGGAGGGAUAGUGAAUAUUAGAGGGUUGAGGUCCAAAAGGGUCAUAAUAACCUGAAGAGAUGAACUGAAUCUGAUAGGAUGGAAAUCACAGGGAACAUCAUAAAUUCUCUCUCUUACUGCACACGUUCUGGUAGGAGAGUGUGAGGCAUUUGAUUUUGCACUGGAGAAACAAUGUGGCUACCACAAUGUAACAGGACUGUUGUUAGGCUGUAUUAGUGGAAAUGGGAUGUCUCCGGUGAGUUGCUAGUUCUCAGACCAGACCACACCUGUAAGACAUGUAAUGAAGUUAGCCAAGGAAUUAAACAUGUCAGAUGGAAACUAAAUUGAUCAUGAGUUGGUUGUUAUUGAAGUUGGUCAUGGGUAAAUAAAGAUUUGUUUUUCUAUUCUCUCUGUUUUUGUGAACAUUUGAAGCUUUCUGUAAUAAAAAGUUAAAAGUCA